AAUUGAUUUAAUAAUAUAACAUAGAAGACAAUUUAUGUAUUCAUCUUAGUAUAUUUAAAAUAUGGAGUUUCUUGAAAAAGAAGCUUUAGGCAAAUCAUCGACAGUUUGUCAAUUUGACGAAUUGGAACCUCAAGUCACUUCAGCAGACCCAAACGAAAGAAAAUUGGCUAGAAGGAUUCGAAUCGAAAGAAGGUUGGAGGUUUUGCAGAAGAGCAAACAAAGCGUAAUAGAAAAAAAUGCAACCGAUGAAGGCGAUCCCAUUUACUCACAACUUCAAAAAACCACUGAAAUUUUGGAGAAAUUUAUGCUUGAAGGUGAAGAAUAUAUUACCAAUGUAAGAGUAGCUAACGACUCCCGUGAAGUUAACCGAUAUCAGAACGAAAGCGUGAAACGGGAGAAAAUACUGAAAAAGUUAUCGGAUGAGGCGGCUAAAGCGCAAACAAUGUUCAACGAUAUUUCGAAAAAAUGGGGGGUAAUUCAAAAAUAUAACGACCCACUUCGCAUCCAUGAAGAUAUAAUGAGACAAAAAGAAAACUGCGAUUUGUUGAUCAGGCAAAAAGACGGUAUCAUCGCGAUGUUGAUUGCAGAAUUGAAAGCUGCGGAUAAUAAUUUCACCAAGGAUCAGAAAAAACAAAUAGAGGAUAUUGACAUUCUUACGCGGAGAGUUGAAAAGCAGAUCACCUUCAUGCGCCAGGCAUAUCGUCAGGAGUUGGAAGCCAUCGAAACCGUUAUUCUCGUAGAAAGAAAGAUUUUAAUCGAGGCAGCCGACAAGAAAUGGCAGGAGUUGUAUAAAAAAAGGCAAGAUCAAGAGAUUUUGAAUUCUGAAAUAAAAUUCGAACAAUUGGAUGACUACUAUCAGAGAAUGGAUAAAUUGAGGAUCGACUUCCAAGAACGUUUCAGAGAAAUCAAAAUUAAAUUGGAAAACGACAUCGACGCUCUCCAAAGGGAGCUGGAACGGAUCAAAGCUUUGACAUUGCUAAAUAGCGAAAAAUUGGAGUACAACUACCAGAUCUUGAAGAAAAGGGAGGACGAAAACAUAAUAAUAAAAUCGCAACAGAAGAGGCGAAUGAACAAAUUGCAGGACAUCAUCAAAGGUUUGCGGGACGAGAUCAACGAGUACGAGGUCGCUUCGGCGAAUACGAUUAAAAAAAUUUCCGACAACAUCAAGAGGUUGCACAAAAAUAUAUUGGAAGUGGAAACCAAAGCCGAUCAUUUUGCACGCGUAAACGACGAAAAGUUCCAUAUGGUGUGGGAGAUGAACAAGAAAAGCGUUCAAAGUAUUUUGCGGCAGAUUUUAGACACGGACAAAAUCCUCUACGAACAGCAAUUGGGCAUGGAGUGGGAUCCGCCUCAAGACUUUACUGUGGACAAGAAGUCACUGCCUAGUUACAAAACUGCUCUUAAUGUGGUGGACUCAAAGUUCGUCUAUGAACUGGCCGAAGACAGUGCAGAAAAAAUUAAAAAGACUGUGAGCGUUUCCUCAAAAGCGCAAGAUAUCUCGCGGGAAGUUGACGGUAGCAGAGAGGAAGAGGCACAAGCUCAACGGGGAGUGAUAAGACACAUUUUAAUGCGUAUUUCGGACAAAUCCGGGUUUUUGACUGAGAGAGGUUUGAACAAUCUCCUGAAAGGUUACGAAGAGGAGCAAAAGCAUUUGGUAAAAUUGGCCAAUGUUUUUUCGGCGCUUGGUAUUGAAGACCAAUCCUACAUAAACGUUCUCGUGAACCAUUUCUUGCCGUACACGUUUUGUCCAGUCUGCCAGAGUUCUACACUAAGCGGUACAACGAAAACAGAGAGCAAAAUCUAUUCCCACAGUUCCCAGCUGUCGUCCAUGUUUUCGAAGUUCGGAGAUUCGGAAACACUCCAAAUACCUGAGCUGGACGACGUGUUGGAGGCGAUACGUCCGACAGAUGACGUCAUCGAAAAUAUACUCUCCGAGCUGAUUGUCCCCGACGAAACCAUCGACGACGAUCUAUUCGAUAGAUCCGAAGACGCGGAGGAUAUUUGCGGUGCGGCUAUAGGCGAUCAGUACGUGUCGUCCGGGAGAAAAACCAGGGAUCGCAAACGUGUGUCCUUGGCCAAAAUAUCAGAGUACGCAUCCUGCCAGUUCAACCAUCCUUUGAUCAUCAGUUCCGUUUACGUUUUGAGGGCUCUUAGGGAAUUCGUGACAUCGUAUUACGUCGCAAAAACUGGAGCGCCUACUAUCGGAGAGCAAUUGCAAAAGAAGCGCCUUACGAUAUCUAGAUGUCUGUCGGAGCAGGACAUCAAAAGCUAUUGGGAAAAAUUUAAAAUGAACUUCACCGAUGACAGAGUUCGGACUUGGGAUGCCUUAUUGGAAGGCCUGAAGAAGUAUCACGAAAUUCUGAAAGAUCGCAAAGCUGUAUGCGACGAUGUCGUUAAACUUAGAAAAGAAAACGCUGAAUUGAAAAGGUUGUUGGCUAAUUAUUUGGGACGCGGCGACUACAUGGAACCGCCUUGCGCAAAUGAAAAAAGGAGCGGUUCGAAGAAGUAAUUAUAUUAUGUUUUGACGUUGCUGUAUA